CCGAAACGACAUGCUUAGUUACUGGAAAGUAAACACAGGCGAAAGACGUGUUUUUAGCGCGCUCUGAAAUUGUUUUAUUUACGCUCAAUUUCAACAAUAUCUUUGAUAUUCCAGGAUAAACAUGGAUGCCAAAGCGUUCUACUGUGUGUUCUACAUCUUCCUGCUGACCAUGACUGUCCCAUCACUCUGUAUCCGCGAGACGCUUGAGGAUACUGCACGAGAUCACGAGGUGCGGGACAAGAGGCAGUUGCAAGCAGUCGGCCCUAUUGCAGCCUACGCUGGUAUCGCCGUUUCUCCCUGGGUGUGGGCGGCACUUCUAGCCGUAUAUGGACUCACACUUCUCAACCAGUAUCGCGUAUCUCGGACGUCCAACGAUGACCACGCGUGUGCGGGUAACAGAGGGUGGUGUAGGAGCUCCUGCAGGAGCUACGAGUACAUCGACAACUACCACAGCGCCGUCUGCGGCAGAUACAAAUGUUGUAGGUCACGAUAGAAUACACUCGAGAUUCUGAAAAUUCAGGCGCUAUUCUUCACUACAACACUGAAUUGUUCAUGUUGUAUGUCGAAUGCAGUUCUCGGCAGUUUUACGAUUAUAAUGUACAUUGGUAUGUUCAACUUAAGGAGAACUUUUAUUUGUUUCGUAUAUUAAGAACAAUACUUAAAUGAACCAAAAAGAUGCAACUACAUAAUUAAUAAGUGCUGCUCUGAUAAUUCAUUUUUUUUCACGGAUCAAAUCUAUUUAUUUUCUAGUUAAAGUAAGUAGACGUUAAAACGAACGUUAACAUGCACUUCAAUAAAUGAAAGAAAUGACACCUUGUUUAAAAUUCCGAUAAAAAUAAAGCUGUACACAAUUUAUGUUUAUUUAUCGGAAUAAAAGUGGAUUGAGAAUUGAGAUAGUUUAUGUUUGGGUGAAAAUGGCAAAGAAAUAUAUUCAUAUACCUUUAUUUGAUAAUAAUAAUAGGACGAAAUGUUUAUUAAAUGUUCUCCAUGAUAUAAUGAUAUAUAUCUGUUUUAAUGUAUUCGGGAGUAUUGGAUUUGUUUGUAUCAUUUUCUAAAUCCAUUUCUUAUUAUGUUAAACGGUUUAUUGCUCAUUGUUUUAAGCCAUCAAAUUAAUACCAUGCGUGUUACCUGAACUUGCGUUGUUCUGUAUGCUUGACUUAUAUGAAAUACAUUUAAUUUGUAAUAAAUU